GCGAGCGAGCCAGCAAGCUAGCGGAGGGCUGCAGGUCGCCGGCCGGGGCACGAUGAGACCCGGAGAGGAGCGGCCCGUGGAGGGGGGCGCGUGCGUCGGCGUCUCGGAGCUGGAGCUGCUGAAGCUGCGCGCCGCGGAGCGCAUCGAAGAGGCGGCCGAGCGGCUGUGGGCCCUGAGCCGCGCCAUCUGGAGCGAGCCCGAGCUGGCCUACGAGGAGCACCAUGCCCACGAAGUGCUGACGCGCUUCUUCGAGCGCGAGCCGCCGGCCGCCUCCUGGGCGGUGCAGCCGCACUACCAGCUGCCCACGGCCUUCCGCGCCGAGUGGGAGUCGCCGGGCGGCCGCGCGCAGAGCGCCGCGCCGCGCCCGCUGCACCUGGGCUUCCUCUGCGAGUACGACGCGCUGCCCGGCAUCGGCCACGCCUGCGGCCACAACCUCAUCGCCGAGGUCGGGGCGGCGGCCGCGCUGGGCGUGAAGGGGGCCCUGGAGGGCCUCCCCGGAGCGUCUCCGCCGGUCAAGGUCGUUGUCCUGGGAACCCCUGCUGAAGAAGAUGGUGGUGGCAAAAUUGAUUUAAUUGAAGCAGGGGCCUUUAAAAACCUUGAUGUUGUUUUUAUGGCCCACCCAUCCCAGGAGAACGCUGCUUAUCUACCGGAUGUGGCUGAACACGACAUGACUGUGAAAUACUAUGGAAAAGCGUCCCACGCUGCUGCUUACCCCUGGGAAGGAGUAAAUGCCUUAGAUGCAGCGGUUCUCGCCUACAACAACCUGUCUGUGCUAAGACAGCAAAUGAAACCAGCCUGGAGAGCUCACGGUAUAAUAAAAAAUGGUGGUGUAAAACCCAAUAUCAUUCCCUGUUACUCUGAAUUAAUCUAUUACUUCCGUGCACCCUCAAUGAAAGAGCUUCAAGUUUUGACCAAAAAGGCAGAAGAUUGCUUCAGAGCUGCAGCUUUGGCUACAGGGUGCACAGUAGAAAUUAAAGGUGGAGCACAUGAUUAUUACAAUGUUCUUCCCAAUAAAAGCUUAUGGAAAGCUUAUAUUGAAAAUGGAAAAAAACUGGGAAUAGAUUUCAUUUCAGAAGAAGCAACUUUGAAUGGCCCUUCAGGAUCUACUGAUUUUGGAAAUGUGACUUUUGUGGUUCCUGGGAUUCAUCCCUAUUUUUACAUUGGAUCUGAUGCCUUGAACCAUACUGAGCAAUAUACCGCAGCUGCAGGAUCACAAGAAGCUCAGUUCUACACAUUGCGCACAGCCAAAGCGCUGGCCAUGACUGCACUGGACGUUAUUUUUAAACCAGAGUUGCUGGAAAGAAUCCGAGAGGACUUUAAGUUGAAACUUCAGGAAGAACAGUUUUUAAAUAAAGUAGAAUGAGAGGAAGACUUAGGAGCCACUUAUGAAUCAUUAAGAAGUGAUGAUUUUUUUUCUUUAUAAUCUUUUUUUAAUGAAAGACGGCAUGCUUGGUUUUCAAUCCUAAAGGAGUCAGAUGCCUCUUUUCUAAUAAGUGAGGAUUGGAUGUGCAGAAAAUGUUACUCCCUUAUGCAAAAUGAAGAGUUUUGUAAAUCUCGACUUGAUGAGAUUGUGGGUAUUUCAGGAGCUGGUAUGUAAUGCCAUUUCUUAUCCACCUGGAUGAUGCAAAGUUUACCAGUGGUUAUGUUUUAGGCACUUAUAUGCUGUGUAAGUAUAUUAUAAGAGCUUUCAAGGCUUGUAGUCAGCAUUGACACCCAUGAAAGAGUUCUUGGUAUUCUCUUCUAAGUAGUUUUACAUUCGACUUCUACCUUUAGGGAGAGUUGCUGUGGAAAACCUGACCCUCUGUUUUGGUGUAGAGAGCAUCUGAAGGUGGCUUUCAUUCAGAAAUGCUUGUGGGAAACAGCCAGGAAAUCAAGUACAAAGAGUCAGCGUUGGUUCUGGCGAUUUGAAGGGAACUGAGAAUGUUCUUUGUUUUACAUGGAGGGUAAUGUCCCCAUAUGCACAGUUGUUCUUCCCGUGGCUUCAGUCAGCUAUAAUCAACUGCAGUCCUAAAAUAUUAAAUGGAAAAGAAUCUCAGGAAUCGACAGUUCCUCAGUUUUAAAAGCUAUGUGCUGAUGUGAGUAGCAUGGUGACAUCUCACAGUCCACCCCCACCCCACUCAGGCCACCGAUGAUCUCCGUGCCGCCUACGCCACCUGCCUGUCAACCACGGGGUGGCCAUCUGGGUUAUCAGACUGGCUGCAGCACAGCGCUUGCAAUCAAGUAACCCUUAUCUUACUUAAUCACGCCCCAAAGCAGAAGAGUGGUGAUGCUGUUAAUUCAGAUACGCCAAAGAAAAGCCAUAGAGUGUGUCCUUUAAGUGAAAAGCUAGAAGUUUUCGGCUGAACAAGGAAAGGGAGAAAGAAUCCUAUACUGAGGUUGCUGAUAUGCCUGGUAAGAACAACUCUGUGGCCGGCGCCGUGGCUCAACAGGCUAAUCCUCCGCCUUGCGGUGCCGGCACACCGGGUUCUAGUCCUGGUUGGGGCACCGAUCCUGUCCCGGUUGCCCCUCUUCCAGGCCAGCUCUCUGCUGUGGCCCGGGAGUGCAGUGGAGGAUGGCCCAAGUGCUUGGGCCCUGCACUGCUAUGGGAGACCAGGAUAAGCACCUGGCUUCUGCCUUCGGAUCAGCGUGGUGCGCAGGCCGCAGCGCGCUGGCCGCGGCGGCCAUUGGAGGGUGAACCAAUGGCUAAGGAAGACCUUUCUCUCUGUCUCUCUCUCUCACUGUCCACUCUGCCUGUCAAAAAUUUAAAAAAAAAUUUAAAAAAGAACAACUCUGUCUGUGAAAUUGUGCAGAAGGAAAGAGAAACUGGUGCUCAUUUUGCUGUCGGACUUCAAACUUCAGAAGUACAGCCACUGUGCAUAAUAAGUACUGAAAUCCAAGAUGGAAGAAGCAUUAGGUCCGUGUGCUUAUGUAUAGAAAAGAGCAGUAUACAUAAGGUUCACAGUUUCGGGCAUCGACUGGUCAGUGUUGGACUGUGUCUCCUGUGGAUGAGGGAGGACCACUGUCAUGAGCUCUGAGAAGUGUUCAAGGAAUUCUUGAAUUAGUCAGGUCAUGGGAAAAAUUAUAGACUGGCAGGAUUGGACUCUCCCUCUGAGCUAUUUGCAUCGUAACCCAGGAUGUCCUGGGAGGGUGAGAGAGAGAGAGAGAAGCACUGGCUGUGCUUUGAGCUCUGCUGUUUUGAAUCUUCAACGUCACACAACUGGUUUUCCCUGCCUUGCAGCUUUCUAGAGUCUUCUGCUGGGAAGCCAGACUGCCCAGCCUGGCUGGAUCAUGCUGUGAUUGGCUGAGUUUGGAAGACAGAAUGUGAGCCUCCUUAAGCCUCUUGCUAGCCCAGUAUUAAUUUAAAAUGGUGCAUUUUUCCUGAUUCUUAA